AUGGAUUUUGGUGGUGGGUAUUGCCCCAAAAGGGGAAAAAACAAGGGGAAUCAUUUCCCUGGUGUUAAAAUUGGGUUGAAUCAAGAUGCCCUUUUGAUUAUUAAGUUACCUGAUUCGAGGGCUUUAAGGAUUAUGUCUCGGUCGUUGUUCUUGGCAAUGGUUCUUCUCAUAUUGCCUUCAAUUGGGUCCAUACUAAGAGGCUCAAUCGAUGUAAUUGACGUGAAUUGUGAUGAGAGGGACUUUAACAUGUUGCAUAAUCUUUUUCGCGAUUUGGCUGAUGAAGGCCUUGUUAAAAAGAGCCACAAAGGGCUCUUUUUGAGUUCUGAGAAUGAUCAUUUGGUGAAAGAUUUGGAUUCGUUGAAUGUCAAUGUGGUUGAUCCGGAUAUGGAUAAUGAGAAUUCAAUUCCAAAUGAGACGUUCGACUUUGUAAUUGCAUCGACUGAAUGGAACAGUAAGUUUGUUGAUCGCGUGCUUAAAAUUGGUGGCAUUGUUGUAACUCAAUUGAGCAAUGAUCCUUUAGCUGAGCUUAAAGCUCUAGCAAACUAUAGAAUUGUGUAUAUUCGACGAUUUGACAAGACAAUGGUGGGAAUAAGGAAGAUUGGGAUACUAAAUGAUGAGCUGAAUUCGCGAAAAAAGGACAUUCUUUGUGGAACCACGCCUGAGGCUAAGAAAGUUGCAUUGAAAGGAUUGGAGGAUGUGUUGUUGGAGCCACCAAAAAGGGCAAUGUUGAAAUCGUUUUCAAGGAAGAUGAAGUUUCUUCCUGAGUUGUUAGGUGAUUCGCUUGAGAGUUACCCACGAAGAGUUUUCGUUUCUGAUGAGAAAAAUGGUGUAGCAGAAUGGUUUAAGAGGAAUUACCCUGCAAAUGAUCAAGAUUUUGAGAUUUACAACUUGGAUGUCAACAUCCAUGAGUCAGAUGAAUCGGAGAAAGGGGUGGCCUUACUUGGGGCGGCAGAAUGGUUGAGCAAAAAUGUGAAGGAAGAGGACUAUGUUGUAAUGAAAGCAGAAGCAGAAGUGGUGGAGGAGAUGAUCAAGAAGAAGACAAUAUGUUUGGUGGAUGAGUUGUUCUUGCACUGCAAAAACCAAUUGGAAGUUGAUAAUGAUGAUGAUGAUGAAGAGGAAAAUGGAAGCCAGAAGAGGGCUUAUUGGCAAUGUUUGACAUUGUAUGGGAAGUUGAUAGAUGAAGGGGUUGCUGUGCACCAAUGGUGGAGUUGA